GAUUAAUCUGUGGCAUUGUUCAGCUCUCAUUGAAGUAGACUGCAGAGACAGACUGUGAGGUUGGGAUGAAGACGCAAGGUUCUUCUCUUCAGUCAUGUCGAAGCUACUCUGGUAGGCCCCCAUGGCUAGUAGCCACCCUAGCAGAUCUCGAGGAGAAAAUGAAAUCUCUUUCUUCUAAUCUCCCUGAAGAAGACAACUCACAUACGUUCGCUGAACGAGCGGAGAGCUAUUACCAAAAACGCCCUCAGCUGUUAACACUCCUUCAAGACCUCUACAACGGCUACCUCUCUCUAGCCGACCGUUACUGCCAAACCAUUACGAAGAGUCGCCGCUAUCACUCUGAUCAAUCUCAAAUCUCAACCGUUCAUUCCGACAGCGAAGAUUCCUCUACUGCAUUUGAAGAAACCCACCUCGACUCUGACGCCGAGAGUUCCCUCUCUUACCAAACCCCACCACCAAUACACAACCCCAUCUACAUCGCCGCAGCAUCGGAUCACGAUGCUCUCAUUGCGGAAGUCGUAGCGAAGACCGUUGACUACGACAUUCUCGUCGAUGAACUCAGUUUCCUUGAACGUUGCAACACCGAGUCAUCAAGAAAGAUUGAGUUACAGAAGAGCUUACUUGAUGUUCUUGAAUCGGAGCGACUCAUUCUUCUUAACGAGAACGCAAGGUUGGGUUACCGAGUCACAACCUUGACCGAGGAGAAUAAAGGGUUAGCUUCAGAAGCUGUGUUCAUGAAGAGGAAAGCGAGCGAGUUAGCGAGGUGUAUUUUGAAACUGAGAGAGGAUCAUAGGGUCUGUUUGUUGAGCCGUAAAAUUGAAGAUCUUCAGAAUCAGAUUUAUGGGCUUGAGAAGAGGAAUAAAGAGUAUUAUGAGAUGUUGGUGAGAAGGGAUGAGGAGGAGAAGAAGAGGAAUAAUAAGAAGGAAAUGAUGGCUUUGGAGGUUUGCUUUGAGGUUGAGAAGAUCAAAUUGGAAAAUGAGAAGCUUAAGGAAGAAGCAGCAGUGAAUGUUGUGAAGGCACGAGAGGGAAGGAUGACGUGGAAACGGGUUUCGAGUUCGAGGAUGUGGGAACGAGUCAAGAAGCUUGACUCGUUCAUUUGUGGGUCCCAAAUCAGUGCAGUUUCUAUGGACUCUAAAGUAUUUCUUAAGUGGGUCCCCACCUCGGGGCCACAAUUAACUAGGGUGAUCAGUUGUAUUGGGAAGAAGUUUUUUUCUUGGGUUCUGAGUAUUAUAAAGAAUUGA